AUGCUGGAUGAGCUAGCAUUUCUCAUCAAGGGACAUGAUGGUAUCACAGACCGACAGGCCAAGUUUAAUUGGUUGCGGAGCAUGUUCGAAGUGUGUAAAGAGAGACCGGUCCGAUUCCGAGGAAAGAAGGUGAGCCCUGAUUUCCUUCACGCAAAUCUUCUCAUUCGUCUCUCUCAUUUCAAUAUGGAAGAGCUCGCUGAGGAUGUUAAUAAUAUCUUAGAUACUUUACGGAUUUUGAUGAGCAGACUGUAUUUACUGGUCGUGUUAGUAUGCAUUACCGACUUCCAGACAAUUGUCUGGUUGGAAAAUUCUUUCGACUUCCCUAAUUCUUGUCAAGGAUCUACUUUGGAAUUUUGCUCAGUCCCGCGUUUGCCAUGGGACAUCACUCCCGCGCUGAAUGGGGAUAUUGCAAUCCCAGACAUCACCAGAGAAGAACCUAUCGAAGCAAGUGAAAUUUGCCCGCUUGACUCCCGUGGAAUGAUCAGCCAACAAUAUGCGGAGCUUCUUGCUUCUGACGUUUUACGCCUCGCUGAAUCGGAGAAUGGAAGUGAAGGUCCCUGCCGGAUUCUAUUUUUC